AUGAAGGUAAAACAGAUAAACCAACUUUCAACCGGAGAUGGAGCAACAUACAACGACAAUCGUCAGGGGAAACAUCGUCGAGAUGUGGAUGAUGAAGAAAAAAAGAUGAGUACUGAAGGAGCUACAAUUCCGGCAAAAAAGUGCAAAACUAAAUCUGAAAAAAGAACGAGAAGUGGGAGAUUAAUUGUACCGAAUUAUAGUGGAUUACUUACAGGUAAAACUUCCUCCGAAAAAACUACAUACACAGAUGAAAACCCCUCUCAAGAAAACGAAGAGGAAGCAACGACCGAGGAUUCUUUUGAAAAUCGCUCCCAAGGAAAUGAUGAGAAGAGAACUAUUCAAGAUAAUAUUAUAACAGAUAUCUUAGGAAAUACUGAACUCUCAGACGCAUCAAAAGAGAUUAUUACGAUUUAUAAAGCGAAAUACCCUAAUGGUGAUCUAAUUGACCUCCGACUAAAAUCGCCCUUUUUAAAAGAACUUUCAAGACAAAUAGCAACAUCGUAUCUAACGGAAAUGGAUACCAUGACAGAGACGUUGGUCCCCGCAAAUGUUCAUGAAUUCCUUGUAAAAUUUUUUUCACAAGAAUUAACAACCGAGGAGUGGAAUUCCCAAAUCGAUGAUUUAAAAGCACCAGAAAAAGAUGAUUUCGUAAUGAAUGCAGUGGUACGAGUUUUACGUCGUACAUUGCCACAAUUUAUUAAGGCAUUUUCACUCGAAGAACAGAACCCACUUUUAAAUAUUGCCACAAUAGAACAUUCGCAUCUUAAUGCUUUCGUUCACCCGUGUCUUGACGCUUCUUUAUGGUACAUUGCUGGUAUACACUAUGAAUUCGGCGAGAUAACGUCGAAAAAUCACACUAAUGGUAAUCGAGCUGAUGGAGUUGGUUACAUGACGGAUGCUGAUAAGUAUCAGCUCAUUUAUGUUGAAGGCUCGAGACCAAUAACAAAAGAUAAAAGGAAACCGAUGACGCAACGUUUACCAAAGAAGUUGUAUGUAUUCGGUGGCCAAAGUUUUCGUCUUCGGAUAUAUUUAUAUUUUCUUGAUCAUUGUGGAACGUAUAGAUUAAACGAGAUUGAUAAUGCCAAUCUUCCUCGGAAAUUUUCUGAAAUGAAAAAUUUUGUUUAUUUCUAUGAAAGUGUAUUGAAAUGGUCGCUAUUGGUUCGUGAUGUUACAGCAUCCUUUGAUGAUGCAAGAGCUGAACAAAGACCUUCGCGACUUUCGUACGCAAACGCUCUUCUCCAGUUGGAUUGA